AUGGCCGAAUUGCUCGCCGGAAUCACUUUGAAAAACCGUGACGGCGUCGAGCUCGAUGCGGGAGAGUAUUUGAAAGGAAAAGUGAGUUAAAAACAAUGUUUCUCACAAUAAAAACAAUUUCAGGUCGUCGCACUGUAUUUCUCGGCCGGUUGGUGCCCGCCGUGCCGUAAGUUCACUCCACAACUGAAGCGGUUCUUCGAGGCGAUCCAGAAGACGCAUCCGGAAUUUGAAAUCGUCUUCGUGUCACGUGAUCGCGCUGAUGAAGAUCUUGUCGAGUAUUUCACUGAGCAUAUGGGUAACUGGACUUACAUUCCGUUCGGAAACGAAAAGAUUCAGUAUGUUUCAUCUUAUACUUUCCAGUAAACAAUGGGUGUUUCCAGGGAGUUGUUGAAGCAAUAUGAGGUCAAGACGAUUCCAUCGAUGCGCAUUGUGAAGCCAAACGGAGAUGUCGUUGUGCAAGACGCCCGUACGGAGGUUCAGGAGAAAGGAGAGGAUCCGGAAACGCUCUGGGAGGAAUGGCUCGCCUUCUACGAAUAA